AUGGGCAUCGAGUGUCGGUUCAUCAAGUCCGAAGAUCCGCGGGCCUAUGCCGACGCCGUGGAUGUGCGCACAAAGUUCAUCUGGAUCGAAACCAUCAGCAACCCCGGCAAUGUGAUCCCAGACUUCAAGGGGUUGGCCAAGGUGGUGCAGGAGAGAGGACUGCCUUUAAUCUGUGACAAUACCUUUGGCUGUGCCGGAUAUUUCUGCCGGCCCAUCGACCAUGGAGUGGAUAUCGUGGUACACUCGGCCACCAAAUGGAUUAGCGGGCACGGCACGACUAUUGGGGGCAUCAUCGUCGACGGCGGCACCUUCGACUGGGGCCGGUACCGCAACCGAUUCCCUCAGUUCCACGCAAGCGACACGCGGCUGUGGAGAAGUUCGGCCGGCGGGCGUUCGCGAUGCGGUCAGCUGCUGAUCGGGCUUGAGUCGCUGGCCGUGCGAUGUCAGCGCCACGCAGAGAACACACAGAGGUUGGCCGACUGGCUUCGCAGCAACAGCCAGAAAGCCUAG